CCUGCCAGUCCGGCCCACGGCUCGUUUUCUCCGUUGACCUAAUCGUCAUGAAAAGCGGGAGCCGGAAGUGGCAGGAGCAAUAGAAAACAGUUUGGAAUCUUGUUAAGGUCAUGGAGUUUAAUGAAGAGACACUGAAGAGCCAGUUAGGCAAGUAUAAAUUCCGGGAUCUGACUAUCAAGGAACUGAAACAUAUGCACCAAAAAUUCCCUGAUCUUAAAUCAUCACUGGACACAUACACUUUCACUGAUGGAUCCCAGAAAGAUUUGUUGAACAUAAUUGGAACCAUCCCUAUCCGAUAUCAAGGAUCUUCCUACAAUAUUCCCAUUCGAAUAUGGAUUCUUGACUCUUAUCCAUUUGGUCCGCCUUUGUGUUUCCUGAGACCAACAUCAAAGAUGGUUAUACGUGUGGGAAAGCACGUGGACAUGCAAGGACGUAUCUAUUUACCAUACCUGCAGCACUGGAGUCACCCCAAGACGAAUAUCAUUGGUUUGCUUAAUGAAAUGAUCGCUAAGUUUGAGGAAGUAACGCCGUUGUACAUGAAGUCCUCUGCUGAAGGACUGUCUUUGACAGAAGUCAACACCAUUAUUUCCAGUAUUUCUUCAGAUCUUUCUGAUGUCAGCCCUCAGCCAAAAAUGCAAGCUGCUGACUGGCACUCCAGCAAAGUUACAGUACUUGGAGGUGGUGAUUUGGGAAUGGCGUGCACCAUGAGCAUUCUAGCAAAGCAUAUUGUGGAAAAAUUAGUAUUUAUUCCUACCACAGAAAGCACAGUGAAGAGUGGAACAUUGGACAUGGAAAUCUUUCAUCUGCCUAAAGUUGAAAUCAGCAAAGAUUACUCAAAUUCAGCAGGCUCUGACAUAGUGAUAAUCACUGCUAACACCUGGGGUGGUGAGGACUCGUACCUGGAAGCAUUGCAAAGCAACGUGGAUUUGUUCAGGAGUAUAAUUCCAAACAUUGUACAACACAGUCCCAACUGUAUUCUCAUUAUUGCCUCCCAGCCAGUUGAUGUGAUGACGUAUGUGAGCUGGAGGCUGAGUGGGUUUUCUUCGCACCGCGUGAUCGGGACUGGCUGUAACCUGGAUACUCGACGGUUCCAGUUCAUCCUGGGCAAAUCUUUGAAAAUGCCACCAGCUGGAAUGGAGGCCUGGAUUAUCGGAGAGCACGGGGACAAUGAAGUGUCCGUGUGGAAGGGCUCGGAAAGGGAUGAUGGGCAGCAUAUCAGUCCAGCUGUACUUACAGACCAUGACAAAUACAAGCAGCUGGAAAACAGGGCUUUUAAGGGAUCAAAAGAUAAAAGUAACAGAUCCUGGUCUGUUGGAUUGUCAGUGGCUGAUUUAAGUGAGACUAUCUUGAGAAAUCAGGAGCGUUCACAUUCCAUCUCCACGCUGGUGAAGGGCUGGUAUGGAAUCAGUGGGGAAGUAUUUCUCAGCCUGCCAUGUACACUAACCAGGGCUGGAGUGGUCAAUGUAACUGCACCAGAUCUAUUGGAGGAAGAUCAAGAGAAGUUACAGAACAGUGCGGCAACCCUCCAAAACUUUCUUCAACAACUAAAGAUUUGAACUGCUGUUUACACAAAUGUAAAUAACUAACGGCAAAGAAAUUGCAUCUUCUUCCAGUGUUUCCAGGAAGCAUCCACUCUGUGACUGGAAACUUACCCACAGCCAAAUGCACUUUAUAUAAUCAUUGCCACGUAGCCUUGCUAAGCUCUAGAGUCAUGGUUUGGCUCUGUUAUCAGCAUUUUCUGGUUGGAUAUAGGCUAAACAGUCCCAGAAAAUGAAACCCUUCCAAAGUCUUGGCCAACAUUCCUUAACUGAACAUCAAGGAGCAUCAAUUAACUUUAACUUAGACUCCAACUCACUUUCUUCAUGGGAACUUUGCAAGUUGAAAAUGCCCACCACAUGUGUCUACAUGUCAGCAAACAGCUCUCAAAGUUACUUUAUUGCUUUUAUUGUAAAGAUAAUAUAUAAACUAAUUCACCUCCAUGCCCCCACCCUCAAUCCUCUGACUCAAACGCACAACUUUGUGCCUGUGAUGCUGCUAGAUCAUGUUUGCCCUGUAUGUAUCCGCCUAGCUGAGCAGUAUGCGGGUAAUGCCUCAGUCUAGUGGCAUUUCAAACAAACAUUCAUCCUGGGCAACAACUGAAACACUAAGCUGAGUCUGGAACUGGGGGGGGAUGGCAAACUCUGUAAACCCAAUUUGAAACACAUGCUGCUGCAGAAGUAUUGUGAAGUGAAGAUGAUGUAUGUUCAACCUUUGCUGUUUUAUACCUUCUGGUUUCACCAACAGAUUUUAAUAUUUUGCCCUUAUUAAAAUCAUCCAAAACUAGUACUCUUCACACUUCUUCCACCACUGACAUACCCUUCCCAAUUUCAUAACAGUAGUGUUUACUGAACUCACCUAUCUGUACCUGUCAUGCACACAAUCCUUAACAAGAAAAGGACAUCUACCUUCUUUCCAUACAAUGACAGUGCUGGGGUGCAUGCUGAGUAGUUUUGCUGUACUCUCCCUCCACUGCUUCUUCUUACCUAUCUUCAGACUCUCAUUCAAUGUACUUUCUAAUUUGGACUUACUUUAGGCCUCCUCAUUGUCCCAGGACUGAAUCUCUAGUUAUCUCAUUAUUGUCUUUCUUACAUAUUCUAUAGACUAUACAAAACCUGUCCCUUUAACUCAUUCUUGGGCAGGCGCUUGGGAUUGAUGGCGAUUGCUUCUAUAUCAGUAUUGUGGGUUCUAAAGAACUGCGGAUGUGUUGUGAGGUGCCGUAUGGGGCAAGCAGGUGGGUAGUUUGGGAGGUGAUAAGCUCCAGCUGCUUAUGCAGGAGCCUCUGUGGGCUUCAAAUGCAUGGUACUGAGAUUCUCAAUAUCCUUCCCAGUUCUCUUUCACCACCUCGGACAGUGGUGGGUCAGAAUGUCCCAGGAAUUGUAUUUCAAGCAACUUUUGAGCAUGUUGCACGUUGUCAAAUCUUUGUCUCUGUCUACCGAGAAUCUGCAUGGGAAAUUCCAAAGGUUUACCUUCCCAAGUGAAGACAUUUCUCCUGAUUUCAUUUCUAAGUAACCUACCCUUUAUUCUCAAACUGCACCUUCUGUUCUGAACUCCUUAAGCAGGGAACUCUUCUCUCUGCAUUUAAUCUAUCAUGCACUUUAAAAAUAUUGUCAGUUUCUUGUUCUUCUAAUGGCUGAGGAAUGCAGUCCCAGUAUAAUCUCUCUGUAUAUGGCACACUUGCCAUUCCUGGAAUUUUCACUGAAUUCAUUCCAUGACAAAUUCAUCUUAUAAGUAACAAAAACAAGGUGUGCACGGCAUUCGAAGUACAGUCUCACCAAAGCGCUAUACAGAUGUAUAAUUAGACUGCCUUACUUCUGUAGUCAAACUCUUUCAAAAGAGAAGUCAAUAUACCAUUUACCUUCCUUUAUGCUCGAUAUCCCUACAGGUUGGCCUUAAGCGACAUACAUACAGAGAUUUGAAACGAUAGGAACGAUGUAAGCAUAUUGUUGGAAGAUGGACAAGCAACAAACUGUACCUAAAUAGAAAUGGCUGACGUGAUUAGGCAGCCUAUUCUGUUAAGCCUUUUGUCCCAGUAUGAUCAGACAGGUAUCAAAUUGAUUGGGCAAAAUACCUAAAGCACUAAAUCUGCAAAAUAUAACAAAUAACCAUCAUGCAGGUCAAUCCAAUGUAAUUGUCAAUGUCUCAAACUCAUUUCUGGAAUGGACUCCAAUGUUCUUUAUAUUACUGAAGAGAUAAUAAAUGAGAGCUAAUGUGGCAAUGUCAGAAUUGUUUUAAAUUUCAGGCUUUUGUGCCCUGCAAGACCAUACAGCAUCAACUAGAUCGCACUGAAAUAAAAAGAUAGUUUAUGUUGGUAAUUACCAAAAUUUCCUUUGUCCUCUCUCUCCAGCUCAAAUACUAAUAUCAGAACUGAUGAGAUUUUGGUAAAUGUCAAAACCAAUAAUAACACCAGAGUUUUAAGGAUAGAUAUACAGAAGGAAAAAAUAAAACUUAAAACAAAUAUAGAUAAUUAAAGAACAAAAAUGUUGAAUACACUACUUGCUGCACGUGGUGGUGGUAGAAUUGGUUGAAAGAGGGCCGUGGCGUGAACACUUCUAUCUUGGCCCCAUUGCUAGAGGAACCCUCUACUGUUGUAGAUCUUGCCGAAUUCAACAACAGGGCGCAAAAAUGUGUCCAGUUCUGGCUGGGCCAUGUAUUGACUGUCUGUGGACAGAAUAAGAAGAUUAAAGAACAAAUUACCAAAAGAAAAAAGACAUAAAAUGACAUUUGAAAAUAAUUGAUGACUGUACUGGAAUGAGUUUAAAUGAAUCAUAUAUCCUUUCCAGGACAGAGAUUAAUUGGCAUUAAUGAUGAUUAUUGUUAGGAAUGUACUUGUGCCAUAAUCAGAACUUCUGCGCUGAGGGUAAUGGGCAACUAUUGUGAAAAUUUCUCAAGCUGGAGAAGUGCUUGGAAGGGGAGGAUACGGUUGUCAUAGUCCAUUUAGGUAUCGGUGCUCUAGUUAGGACAAGGAAGAAGGUUCUGCUGAGGGAAUUUGAUUAGGUGCAGACAAAAUUGAAAAGCAGAAACUUAUAUAAUCAGCCAAAGACAAAUUUAAUUGGAUCCAACAGAUAACUGCGUGGCUCAGUGAUUGGUGUGGAAGGGUUUGUGGGGUCCUGAUAUUGCCACUGAGAGGAGAGAGAGCUUUUGGGAUGGGUGGGUGUGGGAGACAGAGAAAUGGAGAAUGCUAAACAGAAACAAGGAAGGAGUAUAUGAAGAACACGUGGGGUAAUAUAAAAUUGUUUCUGAGAGAACACAAAUUACUCAAGAGUGCACUAACAAACAGGUUCCAGGUAAGAAAAAUUGUAAUAAGAGAAAUAAGAGCAUGGAACAAAAAUUGCCAAGAUAUCUAAAAAUGUUUAAAAAUAUACCUAUAAAGAUGUUGUAUCUAAAUAUGUGAAGUAUUCAUAAUAAAGUGGGCAAUUAUUUAGUAA